UUUUGAGAGACCAGGGCUUGCCCAUUGCCUUAAGAGAGAUGGUGUGUAAUUUGCAAAUUCGUUGAAUUUCAGCAUGUCUCCUGGGAGACUGCAAUCAGUUGGAAGUAUUGCAGGAGCAUAUGUUGGUGCAAUACUGAGUGAGGGCCGUUUGGCCCCACAGAGGAAGACAUACAGCCUCUUGCAUGCUGUGACAGAUAGAAAUAAAAGUUCCAACACCAGGAGUGGAGUCUUAGCCACCUCUCUCACCUCUCUGUAACACCUCAAACCAGCUGACCACCGGUUAAAGCAAGGUUAAGCUGAAGUAUAAGAUGAGUGAACACACACAUUUGAAGCAGCUUAAUGGCAGUGCACCACACUGUGGCAUAAAUGGGGAACAACACAAAGAAGCCAAUGAUGACAAACCCAGCAAGGAGAUGGUGCAACAGGAGGACACUUGGAGCACCGCCCGCAUCAUUCGAGUGUGCACCCUGAUGACACCAUUAGUAAUGCUGCUGUAUGAAGGCUGUCUCCAUCCCUCUAAACCCUGGACCCUGCUGGGUGAGACCAGCAUGCUGUUGUGGGACUGGACAACACUGCUUGUGGUUCUAAUAUAUACUGUACUGCAGGGAGUUCUCUACCAUCUACCAUUUGGCCAAGUAGAGCAUGGGGGAAAAGGUAGAGAUAGAAAGUUCCUGAAAUACAAUUGCAACGGUUUGCAAGCGUUUGUUGUGAGCUCAGCCGUCCUGGUGGGGAUGUGGAUCGGUGGUGUGUUCCAGGCAUGUCUGAUCGUAGACAGGAUCUAUUCUCUCAUGUGUGCCUGCUACAUUGUCUCUCUCCUCAUGGCCACACUUUUACAUCUGCACAGGCGUCAAGAGCACCCAUCAAAUGAAGUUCACACUAAAACUGGACCCCUGCUUCAAGACUUUGCUCGAGGCAAAGAGAUUAACCCUCGAAUUGCUGGCAUUGACAUGAAACAGUUUUUCAUGGUCAGGAUUGGAUUUAUGGGAUGGGGUAUGGUUGUCUUAUGUUAUUUAUUGGCUGAGAUAGAAAGAGAUGGACGAGUUUCUCUGCCUAUGCUUCUUGUGGUGACCUUUCAACUUCUUUACAUAGUGGACUUCUUGGUAGACGAGGCCUCAGUUUUGCCAACCAAGGAAUUCACACAGGAGGGUAUUGGCUUCGUCAUGAUCCAAGGAGAAUAUGUAUACAUUACCUUCUACUCCAGCACUCCUGCAUUCUUCCUGCUUCAUCGGCCUCUGCAAAUCAGUAUCCCCACUGCCAUUCUCAUUGGUCUUCUCUAUGGUGGGGGUUUGGUCAUUUAUUAUUUUUCCAAUGAUCAAAAGGAUCGUUUUCGGAAAGACCCCAGUGAUCCUGCUUUUGCCAGUCUGAAGACCAUCGCGAGUCCCACUGGACAGAACUUGUUAGUGUCCGGCUGGUUUGGAUUGGUUCGCCACCCAAACUAUCUUGGUGAUAUUAUGAUGAAUUGGGCUUGGACUCUUCCCUGUGGAUUCUCCAGUGUUUUACCUUACAUACCAGUUCUCCUGUGCACAAACCAGCUGAGAGAGCGGGCCAAUGAGAUCGAGGAAGCAUGUCAAGAGAAACAUGGAGAAGCAUGGGAGGAGUACUGUCGUCGUGUGCCAUAUCAACUGCUCCCUUACAUAUACUGAAGAUGGGAUACCAGUACAUUCAAAACUGUGGGGUUAUACUGCACUAUUCAAAAGAUGUUCUACUCAUUAAAAUACAACAUACAAAACU